CUUUUUUCUUAUUCCUAAAGGGGUAUAGAUACUAACUUAAACAGCAUAAAAUUGAGUUCAGUUUCAAAGGUGUCCAAUGAGUUACAGGUUGCUAAGCAGCAACAUUAUCAACACUGAGUGGAGUGCCAUUUUGAAACUUCAAAAUUUCCCAAACUCCAACCAUAUUCCUAAUUUCUUUUUGCUUAAUAGGGUUUGGUGUUGCAGUAACAACUACAAUAAUUUGGAAAUGGAGGAUCUUGAUCCCACUAAACUCAUCGUUAUCAAUGAUCAGCGGUCCCUCGACCGCAAGAUUUCCGCCAUUCGUAAUGCUGGCCCUUCUAAACUCCAGGUGAUUGCGGAUUUUGAUGCAACUUUGACAAGGUACUGGGUCAAUGGGCUCCGAGGACAAAGCAGUCAUGGCCUUUUGAAGCAAGGAAAUCCAGAGUAUGACGCCAAGAGGCAAGCAUUAUUUGAAUACUAUCAUCCAUUAGAAUUCUCUCCAGCGAUUCCACUUGAAGAGAAAACCAAACUCAUGGAAGAGUGGUGGGGGAAAACACAUGGUCUUCUCAUUGAAGGAGGCCUUACAUAUGAUGCAAUAAAAAGCUCUGUUGCUAACUCUAAUAUUGCCUUUAGGGAUGGUGUAGUUGAACUCUUUGAGUUAUUGGAGGAGAAAGAUGUCCCGGUUCUCAUAUUUUCAGCAGGGCUUGCAGAUAUUAUAGAGGAGGUCCUGAGGCAGAAAGUUCAAAGAUAUUUUAAGAACAUUAAAAUUGUCUCAAACCAGAUGGUGUUUGAUGACAGUGGUCGCCUUGUAUCUUUCAAAGGGAAGUUGAUUCACAGUCUGAAUAAAAAUGAGCAUGCUCUUGAUAUGGCUACACCUCUUCAUGAUCAAACGGGUGGCAUUGACGGUGCUGUUGCAGACAAUGCCUCAGUGAAGCAGAGGACUAAUGUGCUACUUCUAGGUGAUCAUACUGGUGAUUUGGGAAUGUCUGAUGGCUUGAAUUAUGAGAAUCGUAUAUCUGUGGGGUUUUUAAAUGGAUAUGAGGAUCCUAAUACACAGAAAAACCUAAGGGGAAAAAAAAAGAAUAUACCCGUGCCGGGCUCAUACCCAUAUCUGAUACAACUGAGUCCGACGAACAUACCUUAUAGGAAUGACAACAUUGAGAAGAAUCUUGAGAGCUACCGCAAGGCUUUUGAUAUUGUUUACUUGAAUGACAGACCCAUGUGGGGAGUGGUGGAUCUUGCAGCUGAGCUGUGUUCAAAGUUUGAUGGUUAACGCUAUUCUCCUCACUCUUGUAACAUUUCUACAUCCAAUCCAACACCUUGCUUUAGGCUAAACGGAUCUUUGAUUAGUUGAUAUUUGUGUUAACCAUUGUUGACUGGCAUUAGUUGUUCCUUGAUCGACUUUGACCGACGAUUAAUAGAUGUUAAUCCUCUCAACUUUUAUUUUGUUAUUUAAAAAACUCUUUUAUCUUUAA